AGUAACCAUUCAAUACACGUGUUUAAUAGAAAUUAAAUCACGUACCAAACUGUAGUGGUUUGCAUUCUAGAUGUUUCUUAAGAUUGUGUAUUUAAUGCUUUUUGUGUAAGUUGUAUUGAUGACUGUUUGUCCCAUUGUCCGUAUAGUGUGCAAAAAAGGUGCAAAGUGGUAUAGAACUUAGGUUUUGAGUGGAAGCAGUCAGCACAGUUCUGUUUGAACAACAAUAGGCACGAUUUGUGCAUCUACGAGUUUUAGAGACAGUUUUGUACCACAAGAUAGCUGGCUUGUGAAACUGCCAUGAAAAGCCUAACGUGUGUGACUUGCAUUACUCUGUAAACAUUAUUGUCGUGCUUGUUAUGCUCUUGUGUGAAACUAGCAUUAGUUUAAAUUGAAAUGGCUUGUACCCAAGAUGGGUCAGCACAAAGAGUCAACACUCGUGGGCCAACUUCUGGAGGAAGUGGGUCCAGUUGGUCGCUACCAGCUAAGGAUAUUGAUAAUUAUUAUGGUGCCGAUACUCUGGUGUGGUACCAUCAGUACGCAGUACGUGUUCAAUGCUAUGGCUGCCAAAAAUAGAUGUAUGGUUCCGCAAUGCGAGACGUGGCCGGCGCAGGUGACACCCGGCGCGUGGGGCGCGUGGGCGCUGACUGAAGAUAGGUGUAGCCGCAUGCAGCCCCUGACAGACACCUGCACCGCGACCAGUUUUCACCCAACCAAAACGGAGCGCUGCGACAGAUUCGUCUACGAACAUAACAACACCAUCGUUGCUGAGUUUAAUCUGGGAUGCCAGGAGUGGAAGCGCACUCUCGUGGGAACCAUCCACAGCGCCGGCAUAUUCGUCGCGCUACCCCUCACCGCUUACGUGUCCGAUACGUUCGGUCGGCGCGUGGCGUUUAUAAUGACGGCGGUGUGUCCCGGAAUGGUGGGGCUGGCCCGCUCCUUCACACAGGACUACAUCUCCUAUCUCUGUUUGGAGUUCCUGGAUGCGGUAGUCGGCGCUGGAGUCUACUCUUCCGGCUUUGUGCUUGCUCUCGAAAUGGUUGGAAUAAAUAAACGAGUCCUUUGUGGUAACAUAAUAUCGAGCACGUUCGCCAUUGGCCAGGCGCUCAUCGCGCUCAUAGCCUGGGGAGUGCCAUAUUGGCGGACGUUGACAAGGAUUAUGUACGCACCCUCUCCAUUUUUCAUAAUUUACUAUUUCCUCAUCGAGGAGAGUGUCCGAUGGUUGCUUUCCAAUGGAAAGAAGAAGAGGGCGGCCAAAAUCAUCUUUAAAGCGGCCAAGGUCAACAAAAAGAAACUAUCUCCUGAGACGAUGAGGCUGCUAACUGAAGAUACGCCGGUGGAAAUUAAACAGCAUUAUCCAGUUAAACCCAAUGCGGAAAAAACCGAUCCAGAAAAGCCGUCAGUAGUAAAUUCAAAAACAGAAAAACCGUCAGCAGUAAAUUCAAAUACAGAAAAGCCGUCUGCAGUGAAAUCAGAUACAGAAAAGCCGUCUGCGUCAAAGUCAGAAACAGAAGAGCCGUCUGCGUCAAAGUCAGAAACAGAAAAGCCGUCUGAGUCAAAGUCAGAAACAGAAAAGCCGUCUGCGUCAAAGUCAGAUACAGAAAAGCCUUCUGAAUCAAAGUCAGAAACAGAAAAGCCGUCUGCGUCAAAGUCAGAAACAGAAAAGCCGUCUGAUUCAAAGUCAGAUACAGAAAAGCCGUCUGCAUCAAAGUCAGAUACAGAAAAGCCGUCUGCGACAAAAUCCGAUACAGAAAAGCCGUCUGCCUCAAAGUCUGAAACAGAAAAACCGUCUGCAGUGAAAUCAGAUUCAGAAAAGCCGUCAGCGUCAAAGUCAGAUACAGAAAAGCCAUCUGCGACAAAGUCCGAUACAGAAAAGCCAUCUGCAGUGAAAUCAGAUACAGAAAAGCCGUCUUCGGUGAAGUCAGAUACAGAAAAGAAGUCUCCAGCAAAUUCAGAUCCAGAAAAGAUGUCUGGAGAUAAAAAGCAUCGCAAGUCAGUAGUAUUGGCGGUGAUAAGAUCUAGAGUGUUAAUGUCCCGCCUGUGUAUCUGUGCUUUCUGGUGGGUGACGGUCACCUUCAUCUACUAUGGCCUAUCCAUCAACUCGGUGUCGCUCGCCGGAAACAGCUACGUCAACUAUAUCUUGACCUCUCUCAUCGAGAUCCCCGGUUACGCCCUAAGUGUGGUCACAUUGGAUAGAUUCGGUAGAAAGAAGUCUAUCAUAACCGCCUACUUUGUUUGUGGAAUAUCACUCUUAGCCCUGCCUUUUAUUCCGAGCACGAUGGUGUGGCUACAGACAUCGUUGAACCUGUUCGGCAAGCUGUGUAUCAGCAUGGUGUUCAGUAGCAUCUACGUGUACACAGGCGAAUUGUACCCGACGGGGCUGCGACACCGCAUGCUGGCCGCAUGCUCCAUGACCGGCCGUAUCGGACAGAUGAUCGCGCCGCAGACACCGCUACUGAUGGCGUACAUGGAAUCACUGCCGUACAUCCUGUUCGGUCUGAUGGCUGGUACUUCGGGGCUACUGAUGCUGCUCACUCCGGAGACUCUGCGCGUUGAGUUGCCUGACACCAUUGAGCAGGCUGAGAACAUAGCAUCAGUGAAGCAGCGCGUCGUGGUUAUAGAAUGAUGAACGUACCCUUGUUGUUACAUAGUAUUAAGUCUUCAUCGUCAACUGGAACGUGCCCACCGAGAGACUCGAGCCAACUCUAAAUAUUUUUACGUGAUCAACGCAGUCCAGUAUUCACAAAACUAACCUAUGAGUGGCAUAAUUGAAGGAUCAAAAGUGUAAUUGGUUUGGGAAUACCAUACGCGGCAGAUAUUUUUAGGCAGUUACGGAAGGCUUGUGUACGUAAGCAAGCAGGAAUUAAGUAAGCAGUAGUUUGAAGUCUACUUUGUUGAAUGAUGGCGAUACUGAGGCAAAGGAAUUGAUUGUACAAAUGUACUUAGUUAUUUAAGUUUACGUAUAUAGGAUAAUUAUUAUAAAAUAUUGUAUUAGUACAAUGCUUAUAAAGUACACUUUUGUUAUCAGAACAAAUUUGUUUUACAAUGCAAUUAUAAGUUUAUUUCUGAAAUACCAGUUUGUCUGUGAUAGACUACGUUAAUGUCAAUUUCUUAUAUACUAUUAAAUAGUAAUAAGAACUCCAUAAAAAUCAAAUACUACAUGUGAAUUGAAGUUGGAUAUAUCAUAUUUAUUGUCGCAAAUUAGAAUCUUAAUAGCAAACAAACCUAAUGCGCAGGAUAUUAACAUUGCUCUAAAUUUUCUGACAGGGAAAUUUUUAACUGUUUAAAGUUUUAGGAAAAUCACAAUUACUGUGUUAAUGUACAUAAUACCAAGCUUAUUUAUUAAUUACUGUAAA